ACCGCGUCUAUCAGAGCAGGGGGUGUCUCUCGUUCCCCUCCCUCUCCAAACUGUGUUCGAAUGUUCGCCGGAAGUUUUCUUUGACCCCUCCGCCUUCCCGUAGUUGCCCGUCUCCCACUUCAGUGAAGGCGUCAGCGGGGCUAUGGUUCCGCAGCUGCUGCAACUCCGGGUUCUCCGUUCCGCCCGGUUCGUCGUAAGUGCUGCUGCGUCACCUCGUACCCGGGUCCCCAAUUUCCCGUGGGCGCCCUCUGCAGUGAGGAGGGUACCACGCGGCUCCAGCACCAUCAUGGCAGUUGGAGAGUGCUCGCCUCCUCCCAGGGCGGAAUCCCAGAGACUGGAGACGGAGGCUGGAGGAAAAUCUGGAGAAAACGGACAACCUCUCCCUACAACCAGCCACUUAUUGCAACAAACCGAUGGGAGGCAAAUUGUGGAACAGAAGAAAAAGCAAAGAAAAAAACAAAAAGAAGAAUCCCACUGUCUUGAUUCCAUAGAUUGCUUGAUGCUGGAAAUGCCAUUUACUGAAGCAGAUAUUGAGGAUGAAUUUUGCAAUAAAAGCACUCCUAAACCAAAUGUUAAAAAGAAGAGAAAGAGAACUGCUGGAAGGAAGAGUGAAGAAGACAAUCUACUAAAGAAAAAAAAGGAAAACCAAGAUAAACCAAAUUAUUUCAUCUCCGUUCCAAUUACAAAUCCAAAGAUCACAGAUGGUAUUCAGCUUCUCCAGAAUAAAAUAAUACAAAAGGAUAACAGGCUUUCCAAAGCAAUGGUUCAUUAUGGUUCUUUGCAUGUCACCCUCUUGGUGAUGCAUUUGUCCAGUGAAGAAGCAAUUGACAAUGCAGUUGGUGCUUUUAUGGAGAGUGAAGGUUUAAUAGAAGAACUACUGCAAAGAAAGCCCUUGGAUUUAUCUUUUCAAGGAAUUGAUCACUUUAGAAAUCAAGUUGGAUUUGUGAAAUUGAGGGAGAGUGAUCAUGCAGCCACACUUUUAAAGAUAUCAGAGAUCGUGAAGAAGAUAUUUAAAGAAAAGGGCAUCUUCACUGGAGAUGACAAAGCUUUUAAGCCUCACUUGACCUUCAUGAAGCUGUCAAAAUCACUGAAACUACGAAAACAGCUCCUCAUGGUACAUCCCACACUUUUCUGCAAGGAGGGAGUGAAAAGAAUUGAUCCAACCUUGUUUGAAAGUUUCAAGAACCAUCAUUUUGGAGACGAAUGCAUGAAGCGUCUAGAUCUUUGCUCAAUGUUGAAAAAAAAGCAACCUAAUGGCUACUAUCACUGUGAGUCCUCUAUCAUAGUAGGGAAGAGUCACGAAGCAGAUGUAAUAAAGGAAGCCUUGGACAGAGAACUGUUGGCCCUGUUGUCCAAACUGAAUCAGAUAAAGGUGCUUUUGUCAAGUCCAGAGAUUCGGAUGAAAAUAUACAAGGAACUGCUUGGAAAAGGACUUGUCAGUGGCAGCAUCUGGGAAAGUGUCACCAAUACUACAUCUCCAGUCUCUUAAUUAUAAAUUACUGGAGUGUGAAACCCUACAACAUCAUUUUUAGAUGAAGUGUAUUUAUUUAUGAAGUGUAUUUACCAAAUUGGUAUUGUUUUCUUUGGGCGGAGGGACAGGGGUCUGUAUCAAAAUAUUUAAAAGGAAUAGAAAAGCUUGUCUUUAGAAUACAUGCAUUUCAGUGAGGAAAAAAAUCUUAUCCUACAUUUUAUAUGAUUCCAAGAGGAGGGUGAAUCCAUUGUAAGCAUGGUUUUCCUUCAGUGACACUUUGUGCUAGAAUGAUAACUAGUGUUUGGAAAGUAUAGUAUAAUGUCCCAGCAUUGCUUGGGCAGUGUCAUGAUUUGUAAUAUGGUUAGGCCCAUCUAAUGCACUCCUUGCUGGCACAGCAAGUCAGUGGGUGAGGCCAGCUUCCUGGACACCCAUGCUACAGUAUCCUGGUACAAACCUGGAACUGCAGGAAGGAGUAAUGGGAUCGGGGAAAAGAAAAAAGAAAGAUCCCAUGUGGAAUGGAAUUGUGUCCCUUGUUUAGACUAUUCCAAUUGCAUUGAUCCUGCCAUUUCUCUUAUCCCCUCUGUCCUCCCACCAUGGUUUACAAUACAGGCUACUGGGAAGAUAUGUGUUUACAGGGCCGGCCCUAUCAUUUGGCAGAGUAAGGUGACCACCUCAGGUGACAGAUAUUGGGAGUCAGGUAGUGGCAGUGAAGUGUUAGAGACAGAUCUCUGUAUGGUACACAGCCUGCCCUCAAAUGUGGUGGAGGAUGCUGUUCCAUCACUAGUAUUGAAAUAUUCGAUUGCCACUCUGGUUGGCUUCUGUACAUGGAACUGGGCAGGGGGCACCAUCCUAUCAUUCACCUCAAGCAGCAAAGUGUCUUGGGCUGGCCUUGUGCAUUGGUUCUGCAUCAGUAAUACUACACAGUUUGCAGAUAUCAGAUACCCAGAAUCAGCAUGUCAGAGGUCUGAAAGAAAUAUUUGGGCACAAUCCAGCCAAAAUUAAGUACUUUAAAGUUCCAGAGAUUUCACUGACCAGUGAAAAACAUUCUUACCUUCUAUUAAAAUUACUAAGACUCAACAGUGCUUAGCUGCUUACUAUGCCAUCUGUCCAUACAUGUCUUUGGGCUUAGGCCCAUGGUCCAUUGUUCUUUUAAUAUCAUUUCAAUAGCCAUAAAGUCACACUUUAAACCAAACCAACAGAUUUUAAAUGAUUUAAAAAUGUACAGCUAAGGAAAUAAUUUUCUAUUAUACUGCCUUUUCUGUAUGUAUUCUGGCAAAUUGUUUUAGCAAUGUUUCCUUUUUUAACAAACAGGAUUUGAAAUCAUAUGUACAGAUGCUGAAAUACAAUUUCUGCUGUUGUUUUCAUGCAAAACAGGAUUGCUUAAAAUGUUUCAGUAUUCAUUGUGAAAUCACAGACAGAAUGAUCUUUUACCUAAUCAUUUCAUGAUUUGCCUUUCUGUACAAAUCAGUUAUCUAAAGUUUUAGAAGCUGAAAAAUCCUACAUUAAGCUUCAUAGGGUUUUUUUAUAAGAUUUUAUGAACAUUUUAUUUAUCAACUCUGAAUACUGGUGAGUUGGUGCUUCUAACAAAAUUAUACAACCUGUAGUGCACUAUCAGCAAUAGGAGCUUGUAUCAAAAUACAUUGAUAUUUUAUUCCAAUUACCACAGUCAACGAAGAAAAUCUGUGCUGAUCAUUAUGCUUCUGGAAAAGAUCCUUAUAUAUAUUCUAAAAAGCAGAGCUUGGAAGAUUACUUUUAAAAAGUAAUAAAUUGCAGUUACAGUUACAUGGCCCCAAAAAGUAGUAAUUACCGUUACAACUGCAAUUGCUCUGAAAGUAACUGAUUACUUUACUUUUUCUCAAAAGUAAUCACUGCAAUUACAUUUUCGUUACUUUUUUAAAAAAAAUGCCUGCAAUGUGCUGGCCUUGGCUGCUGCAUAUCUAAGUAGCCUAAAACAAAAUUAAAAAUAAGCACACACACACAGGGGGUAGUAGAAUAAUUUUUUUUAUCCGUAAGAUUAACAGAAUGGCAUAACAGAAUCUCACAUCCUCCCACCCCACUCCCAGCAAUGAUGAUACCCCAACACACAUAUAAUUCACUUGAAAUCAAAUUUUACACUUAAUAUGCUGCUUUUACAAUACAUUUCUGUUACUUCUCAAAAGAACAGGAUGCUCAAAGAGAUGUUGCCUGCUUGCCCUCCGGCUAUUUUCUCCCUCCACUCCUGUCCAUUUUUAAACAAUUGUUUUCUCUUCCCCCAUCUCACUCUCCACCUCCUCAGCACCCAUAGAGCACUAGGGAAGAACGACGCUGCAUAGAAGCCCAAUUUGAAGCACAUGAUUUUUAUCUACAAAUCAGAGCAGAAGACUUCCCCUGCUUCCCUCCCCCCAAAUAAUGCCCAAAAGUAAUGCUGGAAACAUUACAAUUACUCCUCAAAAGCAAUGAAAUUACUACUCAUUCUAUUACCAGCAAAAUGUAAUGAAGUUCCCACUCGUUACUCAAAAAAGUAAUAAAUUACAAGUAAUUCGUUACUUGUAACGAAUUACUUCCAAGCUCUGCUAAAAAGUACUGUGUGUCCACAGCCAAUGACCCUGUACCUUUCUUCCUCUCACUUCCAUAACCAAGGAGUAGAAGGAAACAGAGAUCUUCAGCUAGCUUGAUGUUUCUUUUGUGCUUGUCACCUAUAUUUUGACUCUGAAUUCCAGUUGCUGAAUACUCACUGCUUCUAAAUAUUGUCAAUUGAUUCACAAUCUAUAUUUAAAUAAUGAAAUUAGGGAUACCACCAAAGCCUAGCUCGAUUUUGGCAGUGGAUUUGGGGUCCACACUUACCAGGUGACUGGGAUCCAUAUUGGGCGUGGUUCUAGUAUGCGUCCCAGUGGCUUCUGAACAGCUAUCUCAGGAUCUUCAUGCCACCUUUGCUGCAUAGAGAUUUCUGGGAGGGUAGGGAUAAUGAGUUCGUUCUGUGCCAUCCAACACAAGAAAAUUAUAUUUCCCAUGAUUCCCAGUGGUCAAGCUGUGUACAUACCAAAAAAAGAUAUAAAUGCCCAAUGUUGUCCUGAUGAAGGUUUCCUUAGUUAUGGAUUUUCCUAAUAGAUUAGUCCAAAUAAUAGAAGUAUACUGCCUAUGUUCAUCUGGAAUGAAAACCCACCAAGGCACGUCGUCUCUGGUAGCUUCAAGACUUAGGCAUUCAGUAUAUUCUGUACUAAAAUGGAAAUGCUAAUUUACCCUGGGUGCCUAAAGCAAGCCUGUCUCCAGCAGCAACUAGAGAGAGUGAACUAGAGCUUAGUGGGAGAAUCUGAUAGGAAGUUACUAAAGCCAAACUAGCAGAAUGGUGGGCAUGUUUCAGAUAAAUAUUGAGAAAAUGUAACUGUAGAGUUCUUUGGGGAAUGGAAAAAUCUUUAAAUGUUAUGGGGGAAGAGAAAUACUCCCUUUUAUUUAAUUCUAUUACUUUGUAUUUCUAGACAUGCAAUGUCCUCCUGAUUUCAGUAGCCAAGACUUUAAAGAGAAAACAAAAGCUGUUUGACUCUAAAUAAAUAUAUGUAAGAAGUGACAACUUAGCUAAUCUAACUUUGGCACGGUACCAAGGUAAGAUGCCAAGACAAAGAGAUUGGUUGCCAAACAAAAGCACACUUUUAUUGUACUAAUGCUAUGAGUAAGUGACAAGCAUAACCAAAUGUAAACACACACAAAUAAGGAACCCUUUAUUUCAUACUAUGCAGCCUUGAAAACCUCAAUGCAUACCAGAACAAAUAUCAAUUUUCUCAUGCUAACUACAGCCCCAACUACAUUUCCCCGCAGAGUUUACACACUGCAUCACAACACAGCAGUGACUGACUCUUAGCAUUAUAUCGAUUGCACUCUAUAGAUAAGGCAAAUACUCAGUUGGGUUAGUUUCUCAUAUCAGAGGAGGAAUAGUAACCUCUUUCCAUAGAUGAGAAACACUAACGCCAAGGGUAGGCACUGACCAUGGUUAAACUCAUGUACAUAAACAGGACUAUCAGGAACUUUAUUUAUUUAGGAAGUAAGUAUACUUUUAAUCAUCUUGGGAUCACAGGGUGGGUUACAAUUUUUUUUUAAAGAGCAACCUAAGGAACAGAGCAGAUAAAAUGUGCCUAAAAUGAAGUGACAAUCAUAAAAACACCUUAUGAAGCCAAUCCAGCUCCUUACAAACAGAAAGCAAUUCUAUCAACUCAGAAAAGCCCUGGACAAACAGCUCUUACUUAACCUGAAAUCAAAAUGUCACCAGAGUCUGUGCCAGGUGCACUUCCCAGUACAAGCAUUCUAUUUAGAUGGGUUUGUUUGCAAGUUUGGUACUUGUAAUAUGGAAAGGUAGCUUCAGUUGCAUGAUGGCUUAAAUUGCAUAGACUCGUAUGUGUCUCUUCCAGUGAACAGACAAAAUUGUGACUUAGGUCCAGCACCGUGCCACUAACAGCCACCCGGUAGUGUAGUGGCAAAUUCAGAA